AUGGAGACCAAAAGCGCUGCUCAGCAGCACACCCAAGAAGCCGCUGAUGACUUUAACUCCUCCGAGUAUACCCACAGCAACCUUGACCCGGCUGUUAGCGCCAACGAACCUUCACAACCCUCCGAAGCUUCUGCUCAGCAGCAGCAGCAUGAUGCCGCCCAAAAUGGGUCUGCAGACACCACCAGCACCGCUGCGGCCGUGCACGACGCAAGCCACACCCAGGCAAUGGAAGCCGUCAUGCAGCUAGCCCAGGCGGCCUCGCAGCAGCAGUACGAUCAGCAGCAGGAGGAGCACCAGCAUCACGCACACGUCGAGAAUCCAGACGUGCACCACGACGCGUUGCCCGUCAGCAAUGCUGAAGACGCAACCGCUGGCGGCGGGGCCGAGAAGCGCGGUAGCAAGAGACGGACGUCGCUGCAGCAAGCAGGUUCCGGAGCUCGGGAUCGGAGGGUGUCCAAAGCGGCUAGGACUGAGGAGGACGAUGUGGCUGCUGCUGCAGCGGCGGCGGUGGCGGUGGCUGCGGCUGCAUCUGCCGAGGAAGGAGCGGAAGAGAACGACAUGCCGUUCCCGGAGUCGUGGGGGCAGGGUGACAUCCCGGCAGAGAUCCAGAAGGCGUAUCAGCAGCAUCUGGCGCAAGCGCAAGCGAAUCUGCAAUCCACCGCUACUGCGUCCGCGUCCGGCUCCCCGCCCACCGCCCAGGACGACUCCUCUCCCUCCAACACCGCCGCCGGAACGGGAGCGAGCUUCAAACCAACACGCCAGCUCUCGACGUCCAAACGCGCCGCCCAGAACCGCGCGGCGCAACGUGCCUUUCGCGAGCGUCGCGACAAGUACGUCAAAGUUCUCGAGUCCAAAGCUGCGCGUCUGGAGGUGGCGAUCCGCGUUGCGACCGAGUGCAAGCGCAGGUACGCCGAGUCCCUGCAGACGGUGGACGGGUUGAGGCAGGACAACCAUACGUUGCGUGUGGCGCUGGCCGCGUUGAGUGGCACGUCCGCCGAGGGGCAGGCGCCCGCUCCGGCGAUGAAGGAAGAGCUGCUCGCCAGUCUGCCCGCGAUUCCCUUGGUGACCACCGAGGAGGAGGAGGCGGUGUUGGCAGGCGUGCAGGGGACGGGCGGUGCGGGUACGGGUGUGGGUGCGAAUACGGACAACGGUGGUGGGCAGAGUCUGGACAGUUUGAGCGCGGUCGCUGCGGCGGCCGCCGCGGCCGCGGUGGAUAGCGGGGCGGGGGCAGGAGGUGAGGCGGAGGGGAACAGUGCUGAUACUGCGCAGUCCCAGCCUCCGUCGUCGGCAGGAGAUGACACAGCGAAAGCCGGCUCGAACGUCGCGCUUCCCCAGCCGCCGGCUAGUACCACCUCCACCCCCGCCCCCGCCACCGCCACCUCGCCACCCGCUGCAGCAGCCGCUCAGUAG